AUGCAGGCCAGACCGAGUUUUGAUCAUCCGGCUGUCAACCAGAGGGAUCAAAAAGAAGCCCAGGAUAGGCCGUCCAACGAAGACUCACCAACCAAUGAUCAACAAGAAAAUGAUCCUACCACCAAAUUCAACAAACGCGUGUGGCUUAUUCUUGGCACCCUCUGCACGCUCUCAUUCAUGACGUCCCUUGAAGCGACAGUGUUGGCUCCUUCACUAGAGAUCAUUGCUUCAACCCUCCAUGGCACCACCGCAGAAAUAUUAUGGGUGGGCUCAGCCUAUCUUCUACCGGUAGCUGUUUUCCAGCCUCUCGUCGGAACGGUAUCCAAAGAUCUUGGCCGAAAGAAAUUCCUGAUUGCCUCCAUUUUCCUCUUUACACUAGGCUCACUCAUCUGCGGAACUUCUCGUGCAAUACCCCAACUUUUGGUUGGUCGAGUGAUCCAAGGCAUCGGAGGAGGAGGGAUAAGCGCUUUGGUAUACGUCAUUCCUGCCGAUGUCCUCACUCUCCGGCAGCGGCCUAUUGCUAUUAUGUUGAUGCAAGGCGGGUGGGCGUUGGGCGCGAUAUUGGGCCCAGUGCUUGGGGGAGUUUUAGCAGCGCCGAAGAUAUGGCGAUGGGUGUUCUAUAUGAAUCUGCCGCUUUGUGGGGUCAUUCUGCCACUGGUAUUGAAGCUGAUGAAGUUGAAAGGUAGGACCCGCUCUUGGGGCGAGGAAGUUGCACAACUUGACUAUGUUGGAAUUUUGAUGUUUCUCAUGUCCACUUCAGCUCUACUUCUGGGUAUCACCUGGGGUGGAAUUCAAUUUUCAUGGAGCAGCUGGCAGACACUAUUCCCGGUUUGUGGUGGGAUUGCCGGGCUUCUUUCUGCAAUUUGCUGGGAACGCUUUGCUGCCAAGCGGCCGUUCUUGCUUAUAUCGUUAUUUACAAGACUAUCGACCGCCUCAUCAUUCCGUUUGACUAACCUCGCAUUUUGCCUGGCUCAGAUGUCAUGUGAACUUUAUUACCUUGCUGUUUACUUUGAAGGUGUUCGUGGCCUUUCUGCCCGUAUGGCUGGGCUUGCUCUUAUUCCAAUCACCAUAACGGUCUUCUUCGGAAAUGUAGUGACUGGCUCUAUCAUUCACAGAACUGGAUAUUUUCGGUGGGCUCUUUGGGCCGGCUGGGUGGUCACUGUUGUCUCAACUGGUUUACUAAUAACCUUUGACAUGCAUACGCCGAUAUAUGCCUGCAUUCUCGUGCUGCUGAUAAUAGGCAUUGGACAUGGCAUACUAGUCAUGUGUCUCAAUUUUAGCAUACAAAGUCUUGCUGACACAGAGCAUGCUGGCCAUGCUAUUUCCAUGUGUACCUUUUUGCGAGCCUCUGGUAUGUGCUGUGGUAUCGCGGUGGGAAGCGCAGUUCUUCAAAAUGAGCUACACAUCUACCUUGGCUCUUCCUCACAAUCCACCUCCCAGAGCGCUUUGAUGGAUAUUUCUGCGCUAGCAAGGCAUCCUGGCCUUUCUGUCGCCUUUGCCGGUGCUUUUAACAAGAUAUCAGAAGUUAUGACUGGGAUCUCAGCUUCUGCCCUUCUUCUUGUGGUCUUUAUCCACUGUAAAUAG